ACGGAAAUUUUUUGCCAAGUGAAUGUAAAGUUAUCUGUAAGUCUAACGUCCCGGAAUUUGAGAAUCUGAAAAUCCGCAACGAUAGUUUGAAGCCAGUUUGACAGGUAAAGGUAAAGAGCGCGAGUUGUAAUAAUUAUAAAAGUACAACAAUGUAAAAUAAUAAUUGUUACCUCGUAUGAAAUUCAUCAAAUUUACAUUGAAAUAAAUGUAUUUUGUAAAAUUGAGGUUAUCUUGGACUUCAAGCAAGUGAGAAGUAAACAAAUGCUUUCAACAAUAAAAUUCUUCAGCUGUUCAAAAAGAGUAACAAAUAUUAACAAUGGCUGGAAAAUUGUCACCAGAUGAUGUAGUAUUUUUAAAAAAUAUUGGAGUAGGUACGAGAGACAUUAAUGAUACAUUUUUUGAAGACUCCCAUCGAGCUUGUAAAGUUUUUCAACGAACUGGGAUUACAAUAGACGAUGAGGAAGAAUUUUUUCAUCAAUCGAUGAAUGAAUUUAAAUGCAAUGCACCAGGAUGUGAGAUAAAAUUCGAUAAUCUUCUGGAUUUUGAAAUACACUACAAUAGUUGUCACAGAUUUACUUGUGCAGAAUGUAAGAAAAUAAACGCUAAUGCACGAUUGUUAGAAAUUCAUAUUGAAGAAAAUCAUGAUAGCUUUUUCAAAGUUUUAGCUGAUAAAAAACCAAUGCAUCAAUGCUAUGUCUCGGACUGCUAUAUCAAGUUCAAAACCUCUGAAGAUAGAAAACAGCAUUGCAUUGAAGUUCAUAAAUUUCCCAAGUUAUUUAAAUUCGACGAAUUGUCACAAAAAAAAACCGUGAAAAAAACUAUCACACAUCUAGAAAACGCAAUGGAAGUAGAUGAUAAUAAAAAGACAAUUAAAUUAUCAAAUAAUAAAAAAGCUAACGACAAUAAAGGAUUAAGUGUUGAUUUGAACAAGAACCAAAAAUUAAGAACAUUUAGUUCGCAAUGUAAGAGUAAAGUUGAUGAGUAUCAUCCAAUUGGUGGUAGUUCAACAUCUUCAGGCUCUUCAUUCGGGCAGUUAUUAUCAUCAACAAUGAAACCUGUAUCUUCAUUGAUGUUCAUUCCACGACAAAUCAUGCAUAAACCACAUCCACAGAAUCUCAGACGAAGCAGAACGAUAAAAAGUGAUAUUGAAAAUGAUAAUUUAAUGGAGCUGAGUGAUGCGUUACCUCUUGUAUAGUUUAGUUAUUAUUAUUCUAUAUUAAAGUUUUACAUGGUGUAAAUAAAUAUUUCUUUUUAUACAAAA